CAAAACGGCGCUGAAAACCCCUCCAGUCUCGGAGCCCUAUCGCGACGAGCGAUGAAAAACGACGCCGCUACGGAGAAUGACCACGUCCGUCUACGCGAUGGGAGCGGCAGCACCGGAGACGGCGUAAGGAAGAAGAAGAGGAAGGAGGGGAAGGGGGAGGAGAAGAGGAAGAAGAGGAAAGAGAAGAAACCGACCGUCAGCAUCGCUGUCGCAGGGUCUAUUAUAGACAACGCGCAGUCUCUCGAAUUGGCGACACUUCUGGCUGGUCAGGUCGCUCGUGCUGCCACCAUCUUCCGGAUUGAUGAGCAGGUUGUGGUGUUUGGUAACAAGGCAUCAGCAGAUGACGAUUCUAUACACCCUGUUAACAAUGAGGAAAGCCAAAGUGGUGCUUUGUUUCUUGUGAGAAUACUACAGUAUUUGGAAACACCACAAUAUUUGAGGCGUCGUCUCUUCCCAAUGCAUAAGAGCUUAAAAUUUGUUGGAUUGCUUCCUCCGCUAGAUGCUCCUCAUCACCUCCGGAAACACGAGUGGUGUCCUUUUCGAGAAGGUGUCACAUUGGAUGCUAAUCCUUCAAAUUCAGAGGGCACCUCUGUAGAUGUGGGGUUAAAUAAGACUAUCUUGGUUGAGGGAGUUUUAGAACCUGGAAAACGUGUAACUGUAGCAAUGGGAGAAAAUCGUAGCACUGAACUAGAUGGCUUUAAGAAAGUUGUUUCCUCCAGUCAAAGGGACCAAAUAUGUAUUUAUUGGGGGUACAAAGUUCGAUAUGCUUCAAACCUCAGUAACGUCUUCAAAAAUUGCUCCUACAAGCGUGGAUAUGAUCACAUUAUUGGAACUUCAGAGCAUGGUCUUGUGGUUAAUUCGUCAGAGCUUGAAAUUCCUUCAUUUAGGCACCUUCUGAUUGUGUUUGGUGGACUUGCUGGUUUGGAAGAGAGUAUAAAAGAAGAUGAUAGUUUGAAGGGAAAAGAUGUGCAUGAUGUAUUUAAUUCUUAUUUGAAUACAUGCCCUCUUCAAGGAAGCAGAACCAUAAGGACUGAGGAGGCCAUCUUCAUCUCCCUACAGUACUUCCAAGAUCCAAUAAAGCGAGCACAGCAGCAAUGCAAUGGUAAGUAGCUUGGCGCAGCAUAUUUCAACUUGGUCGAAAAUACAUACCAUUCGGCUUGGAAAUUGUUUGGGGAGUUGGAUUUUGAAGUUCCAAAGCUCUUCGGAGAAGGUUUGAGGUGAAUGAAUAUUCGGCAGAUAUUUUUCUCGCCACAAACUAUGGUGCCUGAUGGAACUCAUGAAACAGCAGAAAAUGCAUUUUGGGGGAAUCAAAAUCAUUCGUCCCGGGAAAAAAAGAAUCAGACUUGCCAUGAGUUGGAUGCUUGUGAUGCCAAUUUAAGUACAUGCAUUAGCCAUGUAGAGUUUUGUUACUCGGGACUUACUAGUCAUGUGUCGCAAUCAUGCAUUAGCCUUGUUUUCUUUUGCCUUUCUAUGAGCACACAUUAAUAUGCAAGACCCAAAUGACUACUCCAGCAACAAAUUAACCACUUCAAUUAUUCCAACA